AUGCCACAGUGUUGUGCAGUGCCUAUGUGUGCAAAUAAAAAAGGAGGGCAUAAGUUCCCUACAGAAGAUAAAAACCGAUUAAAACAGUGGCUUGUAGCCAUUCGCAGAGAUAAAUUUACUCCAACGAAAAAUAGCCUCGUUUGCAAAAGCCACUUCACAAAGGAUGAUUACCAGCUACCGAAGGACUCAGUAUUAGAAAAACCCAGGCCUGUGUUGAAAAAAUGUGCAGUGCCAAGUCGAUUCCCAUGGAUUGACCAAAAUUCUAGUUUGCAUCAAAAAAAGAAGGAGCGGCAUCAAAGGCGUUUGGCGCGAAAUGAAAGGAAAAUUAGUGUCCAAGUACACAUAAACAAUGAAAAAGAGAAGGAUGACACCUUCCUCAUGGAAACUACAAACUUUUUCGAAGUAGAAAUUGAAUUCGAGAAGAAACAGAAUGAUGUUGGUAUCCAAUGUGAUUUAUGUGGAAGUGAUAAUCUCAAAACACUUAAAGAAUGUCUUCAAAAUGAAAAUAAAAAUAAAAAAUCUUCAAUUGCAAAUGUGCUAGAUAACCAAUGCGGCCGAAGUACAGUUUUAUACUGGUUUCCAAGAUUAUGA